ACAGAGCACAGGAUGAAAGGCACUAUAGAAAGGCUUCGUACAAAGGUUGAGUAUUUGUCCAACACAAACAUGUCACUCAAGCAGCAGCUGUCCAUGAUGCACACGUCCAGUUUGAAACGUCUAACCAACGACAGCGAGAACCAGUCCAUUUUGCAAGAGUUACUGCAACACAUGUCUGAGGAGCACACCCAGCUGCUGCACCACCAUCUAGCACAGCUACGGCUGUACACUCAGGCCUGCGCAUUAUCCAAAUCAGCCCCCGAGGAAUCUGCAGCUGAAUCUACAGUCUUGGUACCAGACCUGGCUGACCAAUCACAGGACAUCUCACACAUGGCCAUGAUGUCGUCCUCGGAGGGCACCCUUGGGAACAUGGAGCAGACAGUCGUCAUGACGAUAACGUCUGAGGAGGAUUCGGAGCCGCUCGGCAACAUCGUGGAUAACCCCGGAGAUACUGUGGGACAUGACUCCUUGACUUUGGAUAAGGACGUUCACUUGUCACCAAAUGACAUUCUGUACCAACUGACAAGCGAGGGACUGUCACUAAGACAUGACACCUCUGAGUCGGGUCACGUUUAUCAAUCAGGUAGAACUCAUUCACAUCACAACACAGGCUGUGAUGUCACUCAACAGGAUUUUCACAAGAACAAAAGUUUGAAAUUGGUUCUUUCCAACAGCACGCCAUAAAUAUUCUGCCCCGAUGGCUUUGACAAGAGAACGUUUGAAGACAACAUCUCAACUGAGGGACCACCAUUAAAAUGAGGGAAAACUAACAGCCUGAAAGCCACUUAACUAAAUAAAACCUGACAUAUGUUGUAAACAGUGUACACUCAGUGUUGUCUUAGGGCUUAGUUGGGGGGGGGGGGAGUUG